UCACCUGCUGCUGCUGGGGCUGCAGACACGACCUACAGUUGUGGCCCAUUUACCCUGCAGAAAAGUGCACUCCACCUGUCAGGACAGCGUCCGGCGUAAACGGCAGGGUAUACGUAAUUUACAAAAGAGUGCGCUGCUGAUGUGAUACUAGAGGAACACGCUGUGGAGCACUGGGUCUCCCAUGGCUGUAAGCACCAUGGACUCCGAGUCGGCCCGGACACCUCAGCCUCAGGCUGCCCUGGCUAAAGGAGGCCACUCCCUGCUGCCUGCUGGAGCUCUGAGUGGCAGGUUGGGCGCUCAAAGGAAGCACUAUGUCUGCGGCUCCAUCGCAGCCUUUACCAACAUCAUGGUGACUUUCCCCAUCCAGAAGGUGCUGUUCCGCCAGCAGCUGCACGGCGUGCUGGCCACUGAGGCGGUGCGGCAGCUCCAGAGGGACGGGCUGAGGAAUCUUUACCGGGGCCUGCUGCCCCCGCUGCUCCAGAAGAGCACCACAGUGGCCAUCAUGUUCGGCCUGUAUGAGGACUUCUCUAGAGUUUUACUAGACCGGGCCGGUGGCAUGCCGGAGCUGCUCACCCGAAGCUUUGCCGCAGCAUUGGCAGGAACCACAGAAGCCAUUCUGACGCCAUUUGAGCGCGUGCAGACUCUCCUACAAGACCAUCGGCACCACGGGCGCUUCAACAACACAGUCCACACCUUCCGGACACUUCUGACUGAGUACGGUGUCAGAGAGUGCUACCGUGGUCUGGUGCCCAUACUUCUCCGUAAUGGCCCUAGCAAUGUGCUCUUCUUCGGGCUCCGAGGGCCCAUUAAGGAGCAGCUCCCAGAAGCCAGUAGCCGUGCAGGUCAUAUGGUUAUUGAUUUUGUGUGUGGAGGUUUGUUGGGGGCAGCCCUUGGCAUAAUGUUCUAUCCAUUAAAUGUGGUCAAGUCGCGGGCUCAGUCUCAGGUCGGUGGAGCCUUCCAGCCCUGUAGGAAGGUGCUGCUAACAGUGUGGAGAGAGAGGGGUGGCAGCCUGGCCAUGCUCUUCAGAGGAGCCCACCUCAACUACCACCGGUCACUCCUCUCCUGGGGGAUCAUCAAUGCCACCUACGAGCUGCUGCUGAAGCUGAUGUAAGAGGGGACGGAAAGUGACAGAAUAGAGAUCUAGAGAGGAAGAAAAAGCCUUUAAAGGGAAAAAGCUGUAUGGAGUGAUGGAAGCAGUUUGUUGAGGAAAAAAAGGAAAUCACAAAGUCAAUGUACUCGCUGUCCAGUUGUAAUUUCGGGGGAGUUUCCAUAACUGAAAGACAGCAGUGAAGUUGCACUUCUGACAGGGGCCAACAGUCAGUGUGAGAUAACCCACCUGCCACAUGCACUGACUAUUAACUGUUGUCAAAGUAUUAAAAACAAGACACACGCUUUAGCCUAUACAAAACACGUGCCAGGGUCCAAUCGAAACGCCCUUGUUUGCUCUCUGUGCAGAAAUGUUGUGGAGCAAACUGAACUCCAGCGCUUUUUUUUCCCCCACACAGUUUCAAGUGGCUGAAUUCUUCGUACGUGCUGUGUGCUGUGGUGUUUUGUAGACGACAUCAGUCUGUUUGUUUGACCAAGAGCAUUUCCUCUGUGAGGCUGUUUUCUGCCACUUCAGUGAAACACUUUUGUACUUUUGACCAUUAAAAUUUCCCAACAUUUAUUGUCAAGGAGAGUGUAAUGAAUUGAGUGUUUUAUUGCUCUUUAUGCUCCGUCUCUAGCUAUUCGGCCUGUAUGUGUAUGAGAUCAGGAGGCCAAUACUUGACAAAUUGUUGAAAUGACAUCUGUGAUAUAUCUUUUCCUGGAAAUACACACACAGGCAAUUUUAAACAGUUUGUCCUCUCACACAUAACUUGUUCUUUGGGAACUAAAAUGUUUUGUCAAACACUGUCUUGGUUUGUUUUAUGAAGUGCUACUGGCAUGUGUUAUUUGAGUUUUGAGAAGUGCCCAUUGAUGUCAGUAAAAUACGCAGUUGCACCCAGA